UCAUAAAUUUUAAUUAAAUAAAUAUUAACAAUAAGGAAUAUUAUAAUUUAAAUAUUUAAUCUUUGGUGUAUAAUUUUAAUAGACUUCGCAACAUGUAUGGAAAUAAUAAAUAUUGCUGAAUCUUUCGCGUUUGUGCUGAAUUGACCUCGUCAACACGAAGCGAGACGAAAAACGAUAACGAUGAGCUCUGAAUCCAAAUAGGAAUUUCAAAAUGGCGUCAGUGAUUUUUGGUGGAAUUUCAGUGUGUGUUUAACUUAGUUUACGCGGUAUUUGUGCUGAUUAAAAUUUAAUAAUUGUGAGAAAAAUAUUAAAUGUGAAGUGGUUUAUCGAUAGAAAAACAAAAAAUAAAUAGGAGCAGAUGUGCCUUUACUCUUUUAAUUAGUGAUAAAACGCUUAAAAUGGCGUAUGCAUGUGAGGAAGCGGAAUAACUUUCUUUUUUCACAAAUUUAUAAUUUUUACUGCUGGACCAGUACUUGGUUAUCUUAAGAAAAGGUGAACAACGUGUUGUUGAAUAUUAUAACUUGCACUGCUUGCUGCAUUUUGUGACAAGUGGCAAGUGGUACAGUCCGAGUUGGGACGCGUUUUACAUUUAUUCUAAUCGCCAGCGUGGGAACAUACGGAUCAUAUAUAUGUACAUAUAUUUUGUCAUAAUUUUUUAAACAUCGUUGAAAACGGCAGAAAUCACUAGUGUUAAAUUUGCCUAUGAUAAAGUGAAAAAGGCGGGUAAAUCGAGAAGACACUCCAAAAAUGUGUGCAGCACACAGUAACCCACAACAGGGCUUCGGCUAUACUUGGGGAUUCGCAGAUAAUACCCGUACGGAGUCUGUACUGGAGAUUCCGGCAAAUAUAAAUUACACAGUCAGCAGUGAAUCCAUGCCAUAUUUGCUAUCUACAGAUGGCUCUUUAACUGUGCAGAAGGACGUUAAAGGUGGAUUGACGGCUCAAAAAGGAGGUGUUGUACGACGUAUGUUUGUUGUAAAUGAACCAUUUGCACCAGGACCACAACGGGUCAUAACUGCAGGUACUACUACACCAUCGGUGGUGAAGAAACAAGACCAACAAGUGCUCAGUAUUAACUGCGACAAAAAUUACCUACUUGUAGAUCAAUCAGAUCAGUCACACUCUCUGACUAAUGGUAUCGUCGACACGAAGUCACAGACCAUUCUAACGACAACAGCUGGCGCUAAAACGCAUUUUAGUCCCAUCGGGCCGAUUCAUCUCACUGCAGAGGAAUGCAACGAGAUUUUAAUGAAACGAGCGCUUGCCGCAUCUCAACAGACUCACACGAUCACUACUGCAGACGGACAUGGGACGACAAGUGACAUUCUGCCGGGUAUAUCGGUACAAGUUCAAAAAGUGAUUCAAGGUUUAGAAGAGGCGGAUGAUUCACAAGGGGAUACACCCAACUUGAAGUUGGAGCCCGGUACAUUAGAGCUAUCUCCAAAAACAGAGUUGCAAGAUAACAUGAAUUAUAACGAGAAUGAUGCCACAGUUAAGAAGGAGCGACCAUACAGUUGCGACGAAUGCGGCAAAUCGUUUUUAUUGAAACAUCAUUUAACAACACACGCGCGAGUCCACACAGGUGAACGGCCGCACGUGUGUGUACAUUGUAGCAAGAGCUUUGCUCAUAAGCACUGCCUCAAUACACAUCUGCUAUUGCAUUCAACUGAUCGGCCGUUUCAGUGUACCGAAUGCAAGAAAAGUUUUACUUUGAAGCACCACCUGUUGACACAUUCACGUGUUCAUAGUCGUGAUCGGCCAUUUGUGUGCCCCGAAUGUGGGCGAACGUUCCCAUUGAAGCGACAUUUAGUGACCCAUAGUAAAUUUCAUGCUGGUGAACGACCAUACGUUUGUGAGGAAUGUGGCGAAAGUUUUGCUCAGGAGAAUCACUUAAUAAUGCAUUCACGUUUCCAUGGAUCGCUGAAUCCAUUUGUUUGUCCAGAUUGCGGAGCUACAUUUCCUCGCAAAUUUCAAUUGGUUAAUCAUGGCCGCAUUCACGGUAAAGUACCACACUCCUGCACCCUGUGUGGCAAAGAGUUCUUGCAGAAGCGCACGCUGGUUUCUCACAUGAGGAUUCACACCGGCGAUCAGCCAUAUCCUUGCAUUAGUUGCGGUGAGGGCUUUAUGUCUAAAGCCGAAUUAAAUCAACAUGUGCGUAAUACACACGGGGGCGUAAAUCCAAACUCCUCAAACACUGCGAUACAUUCUACGCAGCAACAUCAUACGCAACAACAGACGCAAGGGUCACAUCCACAAACCAUUACUGUAGUCAGUAAUCCAGCGAACCCGGCAUUAUUAUCUGUGGGCGGUGAUAAUAAUGCUGCUCGGCCUCAAUUUGGCUGUCGUGAAUGUGGAAGUGCCUUUAAUAGUAGAGAAGCGUUAGCGCUUCAUUUGCGAUUACAUACAGGUGACAAAAGCCUUAUGACUGAUUUGUGCGCUUUAACUGCGGCACUGCCCGGCCACUUCCUCAACACCGGCCUUAAUCCAGGCGCCACUGUGGUUGCUACCAACCCCAAUAUAGUGGCUCAGAAUACAGUGCCCGUGCAGAUCAUUUCAUCAACCGGACAAGUCAUGACACAAACAACAUUGGUACAGGCUGCCGCAGCAACGCAUCCACAGGGUGUUGUUACCAAUGUGCCUGGAGUGAUGCAUCACCAACAGCCGCAACAGCAACUGACGAAUGCAGCGCCACAACAACAUCAUCCACAGCAACAGCAGGUAACGCCGCCCAAACCAAAGUCACAUUUUUGCGCCAGCUGCGGUAAAGGAUUUGCCGCUAAGCACGGUCUUAUGCAGCAUAAUCGAAGACAUCCUAACGGUGGCUGCACCGUGCGCACACAUGUAUGCGAGUGCGGCAAGGCAUUCUUCCAGAAGAAUCACUUGAUGCUACAUCAGCGUCAGCAUUUGGAAACCAAACCGUCAGCUGCUGUCGCUCAACAGCAGCAACAACAACAACAGCAGCAACAACAACAGCAACAACAGCAGCAGCAGCAACAACAACAACAGGAUUUAACACACGAACAGCACAGCCGCUCGCGCAAACAACAACAACCACAAUCGGCUAUGUUGAUAGGCAAUCAUCAAGCGCUGCACCUGCAAGUUUUGCAAGGCACUAAUGCAGCUCAUGUUAUUAAGUACGAAAUAAAUAUACCACAGGAUAAUCAAAGUGGAUAAGCGUUGAUAGAGUAGAAAUGGUUAAUGGUUGAUUCAUUUUAUGUAUUAUCACUAACCCAAAGGACAAAUUUCAACAUUCAUGUGAAUGGCGGCUGGGAGGAUGUGGGUUCAAAUUGUACGGUACACAGUACAGUACUUGUUUCAUUCGUUUAAGUUUAUUACGUUUUUAGUAUUUAAGCUUUAUUGUUUCGCUCUUUAUUGUGUGCACACAUUUCGCAAUGACAGUAGAAAUUACCAAUUGUUUCUAUUUGUGUAUAUAUUUGUUCAAUUUAACUUAACUAUCUAUAUCAAUUGUAAUUUUAAGCCCUCAACCAGACGAGCACACAUAAUUAACAAAUUCCUGUUACUAAGCUAAUUUACAGGGGAGAUACAAUUAGUAUAUGGGUUGGUUACACAUUAAGUCGUGCACAAUAAAGGAUCAUGUGUCUGCGUUAGUUAUGUUCCGAGUUCUCUUAUCCCUCACCUUUGCCCUUUUAUAUACAUACAAUAUAUAUGUAUAACGAUAAGAGUGCUUAGAUUAUAAAUCAGAAAAGAAUUUCACCUUCAUGCCGACAUUUUAUUAUAAAUUAAAAUGUCUGAUUAAUACAUAGUAUAUAUAGUACAUGGAAUGUAUGUAAAAAUAUAUGCGAUUACAUACAAAAGAAAACAACAACUAAUAAUAAUAAUAAAUACAUAAUCAUGUGCUAGCAUGACAAAACAUAGUUGUAUAAUAUUAGACUUAUGUGCAUAAGAAAUGAAUGAAUAGUAAUAACUAAAUAUAUAUUUUAUUAUAAGCAUAAAAAAUUAAUGAAAAAUAAGAAUAAAAUAAAAAACAUAAAAUAUUAAA